AUUAUUAAUGUAGUUAAGAUUAAUUUUGAAAAAUGAGUGACCGCGCUAUAGACUAUCCUGCAUCAUUUUCUAAAACCCUCGCAUUUCUCCCUAAUUUCACACGAAGCAGCAACAAUGGCUUGGCGCGGCUCGCUUUCCCGGUCACUCAUGUCCACCGCUAGGGCUUCCGCCUCCCGCUCAUCGCCGCCGCUCUCCACCCUACGCACCCUGCGUUCUCCUCCCGUUUCGUCCACUCGCCUCAACUCACGCCGCCUCUCCUUUUCCAAUCCCAGCACACUGGGGGAGCUGGGAUGCGCCCAAUCACUAUUGUCACUGCAUAGGACAGUGGCCGGAGCACGGUCGACGUCUCAUUUGGCUGAUAAUGUCCGAGCUUUCUGUGAGCUGUCCCAUGGUCCUGAACAUAUUUGGACCAGAAGAGCCGGUGCUCAAAUCUAGGACUUGGUUAAUUGGUGGUUCUGCAGGAAUUUUUCCCUUUUGGGGAAAAAUUGAAAAAACUAAUAAAUAGGUGGUUCUGGUUAUUCAUUUUCAUGUUUUCUUAGUUUAGACUAUUUCAGGUAGAGUAAAUUUAAGACAUUUUUUUAGGCAGCUGAAUACUUUAUCUAGUAAAAUUGUGACAGCAUGGUAUAACAGUUUGUUGUUGCUCGGUUUUGUAAACUUGUUUAGUACAUUUAUCCACCAACAAACUGUUAUACCAUGCUGUCACAAUUUUACUAGAGAAA